UCCACCCCCGCCCCCAGCCCUGCCUGUCCGACCUAUACAGCUGUUUUUAAUCCCUACUUUUCUCACUUGGCGUCCCAAACUCGGGCUGACCAGACGUGGAGCCACUUAGCGUUUCCUCCUCCCCCAGCCGGGGUCUGUCCUCUCUCCGCGGUCUCCUCUUUCUCCGCCUGCGUCCCCGGGGGGUAGAGUGUGGGAAGAAUGAAUUUCCGCCUGGUUUGCUAGCCACUCGCCAACUUGGGUCCCUUCCGGACACAGCCUGCGCGCCCCGGCUCCUCCGGCGGUGAGCCACCGAGGCCGCGCUUCGCCGCCCGACCCAGAGCACGGGGGCGCGGGCUGCGGGGGCCGAGUUGCCGGGGCGCAGCAGCCAAGCCGCGCCCCGAGGAGCUCUUGGAAAGGCUCCCGCCCGCAGCUGGGGAAUCCGCUCGGCGGGGAGAAUCCGUGCCAGGGAAUCCAGCUCUCCGGACUCAAGCUGCAAACAAAAAGCGCCAGGACUUGCUCCCUCCCUCCGCCUCCCGAGGCGCACCCGGAGAAACAGUUUUCUGCAGAAAUGCAACAAGUAGCACCCGGAGCUUGCAGUGCGCCCGGCGCAGCCUGACUUGACUGUGCAAAGGCCGCCCGCGGAGACCCCGGCCAGCCACCGGACAAAGGGCGGAGGAGGGGCUGGACGGCGCAGCAGUCCGAAAGAGGCCAUUUAGCGACUCUGGGGAGGCCAAGGGGAAUGCAGAGGAGACACGGUGCGGGCGGGCCAAAAGGACGAUCCGGCCGCAGCACGCUGGGCGGGCGGCGAUGGAGGCUGCCCGUGCUGUGCGCUUCCUGCUCGUGGUGUGCGGCUGCCUGGCGCUCCGGCCGAGGGCCGAGUCUGUAUGCCCGGAACGCUGCGACUGCCAGCACCCCCAGCACCUCCUGUGCACUAACAGGGGUCUCCGCGCCGUGCCCAAGACCAGCUCGCUGCCGAGUCCCCAGGACGUGCUCACCUACAGUCUCGGGGGCAACUUCAUAACCAACAUCACAGCUUUCGACUUCCACCGCCUGGGGCAGCUUAGACGGCUGGACCUACAGUACAACCAAAUCCGCUCUCUGCACCCCAAGACCUUCGAGAAGCUGUUGCGACUGGAGGAACUCUACCUGGGAAACAACCUCCUGCAGGCACUCGCCCCAGGCACUCUGGCCCCUCUGCGCAAGCUGCGCAUUCUAUACGCCAAUGGGAACGAGAUCAGCCGCUUAAGCCGAGGCUCCUUCGAGGGCCUGGAGAGUCUGGUCAAGCUGCGGCUGGACGGAAAUGCCCUGGGGGCGCUGCCGGACCUGGUCUUCGCCCCGUUGGGCAAUUUGCUCUACCUACAUCUGGAAUCCAACCGGAUCCGCUUUCUGGGCAAGAAUUCCUUCACCCAGCUGAGCAAGCUGCGCUUCCUCAACCUUUCUGCCAACGAGUUACAGCCCUCCCUGCGCCACGCGGCCACCUUCGCACCGCUGCGCUCCCUCUCCACCCUCAUCCUCUCGGCCAACAGCCUGCAACACCUCGGGCCGCGAGUCUUCCAACACCUGCCACGUCUCGGCCUACUGUCUCUCAAGGGAAACCAGCUCACGCACCUCGCACCGGAGGCCUUUUGGGGGUUGGAGGCCCUGCGCGAGUUGCGCCUGGAGGGCAACAGGCUGAGCCAGCUGCCCGAGGCGCUGCUGGAGCCCCUGCACAGCCUGGAGGCGCUAGAUCUGAGCGGCAACGAGCUGUCUGCUCUGCACCCCUCUGUUUUUGGCCACCUGGGUCGGCUGCGGGAGCUCAGCUUGCGCGACAAUGCCCUCAGCGUCCUCUCCGGAGACAUCUUCGCCGCCAGUCCCGCGCUCUACCGGCUGGAUCUAGACGGCAACGGCUGGACCUGCGACUGCCGGCUACGAGGUCUGAAGCGCUGGAUGGGAGACUGGCACUCGCAGGGCAGGCUCCUCACUGUCUUCGUGCAGUGUCGCCACCCUCCGGCCCUGCGGGGCAAGUACCUGGAUUACCUGGAUGACCAGCAGCUGCAGAACGGAUCUUGCACAGAUCCCUCUCCCUCAGCCUACCCCACCGCCGGGGAGAGUCGGCGGCCCCUACCCACAGCUACACGGGAGAUGGCGCCCCCUGCAGGUGGCCUUGCCGUCGAGCUGCCGCCGCAGCCUCAGCCACACCAGCGGGGGCGAUUUUUGCCUGGGUUGGCCAGGGAUGGGGCCGCCAGGGAGCUCAUGGGCAACCGCAGCGCCCUGAGACUGAGCCGGCGGGGCCCGGGUGCCCAGCAGCCUAGCCCCUCCGCUGCUGCCGUGGACCCAGCGCCACACCCUCUGGACCUUCUGGAGAAACCCGAGAGGGGACGUCCAACUCCGGCCGAUCCUGCCCACGCGGAGCCCACCCAGACGGCCGCGCCCAACGCUGCAUCACCACCCGCGGGCGACCCCUGGCAGCGCGCGGCUAAGCAGCGCCUGUCUGCAAAGCAGCAAGAGAGCGCCGCCCACUCCGACGGCGGGGUCAGCCUGCCGCCUCUGGUGUCAGACCCGUGCGACUUCAACAAGUUCAUACUGUGCAACUUGACCGUGGAGGCGGUGAGCGCAGACAGCGCCUCCGUGCGCUGGGCCGUGCGCGAGCACCGCAGCCCCCGGCCACAGGGCGGCGCGCGCUUCCGCCUGCUCUUCGACCGCUUUGGGCAGCAGCCCAAGUUCCACCGCUUCGUCUACCUGCCGGAGCGCAGCGACUCGGCCACGCUGCGCGAGCUGCGCGGAGACACCCCGUACCUGGUGUGCGUGGAGGGCGUGCUCGGGGGCCGCGUCUGCCCCGUGGCCCCCAGGGACCACUGCGCCGGGCUGGUCACCCUCCCGGAGCCCGGGAGCCGAGGCAGCGUUGACUACCAGCUGCUGACCUUGGCCCUGCUGGCUGUCAACGCGCUGCUGGUGCUCCUGGCCUUGGCGGCCUGGGCGUCACGCUGGCUGCGGAGGAAGCUGAGGGCCAGGCGGAAGGGCGGGGCCCCGGUGCACGUUCGCCACAUGUACUCCACCCGCAGGCCUUUGCGCUCCAUGGGCACCGGCGUGUCUGCCGACUUCUCGGGGUUCCAGUCCCACCGGCCGCGCACCACGGUGUGCGCGCUCAGCGAGGCCGACCUCAUCGAGUUCCCCUGCGACCGCUUUAUGGACAGCUCGGGUGGCGGUGCGGGCGGCAGCUUGAGACGGGACGACCAUCUCCUGCAGCGAUUUGCCGACUAGGUCCAGAGCCCCCAGAGGGAGUGGAGACCACCACCGCUCAGGGGACCCCUCAACCCGCCUGAGGGGAAGAUCUCACUUAAUCAGACCUCCUCUCCCCGUUUUGUGCACUUGCCGUAGAGGCCAGAGGGGACAGACGACCCAUUCGUUCGCCACCAUCACCCCAGUUCCCAGGUGUCAUUCAUGAAGUAAAUGGAUGGUAUCUGGUGGUCAAGGCCAAGAUGAGGGGACUAAUGGAUGGUGGGGUCCAGAGAUGGGAGGUUUUCUUUAUGUGGAGACCUUGUGCAGUUAUAAGAAUGGCAUUGGUGACAUUACAGUGCCAUAGCCUGGCCCCCUGUGGGGUUGAAAAGGGUGCUUGUGCCCCAAACAGGGCCAGAAAGAGGUUUGGGUGCAUUGCUUUUUGUUUGUUCAGUGUCAAACAGAAGGGUUUUCUUUCUGUUUCAGGAAAAAGGAACUUAUUACCAUUACAAAGAAGCCUUGGCAACUGGCUCCACCGGCCUGGUGGUCUCUGCCAAGAAGGGUGAUGUUGUAAACAGGUGGUAAAGUUUAACACACUCGCCAAGGAACUCUUUCAUCUUGGUUAAUAGAACAUUCAGGAAAACUUAAUGUUUAAAUAAUUAGAGACGCUAUUUUUUUUUUCAACAAUGUGAAGAGCUCUAACAUUUAACAAACUAAUAAACUCAAGGACUACUUUAGUUGAGCCGGUGGUUUAACUAUCUUAAAAUUAUUAGCAUUAACACCCCACGAACUUUUGCUGAAAGUGGGGUUAACCAGGAUUACGUACAUUCUAGAAGGAGUUUGCAUGCAAGACGUCUGGGUCAGGGUUGCUCCUGUGGCUUUUUAACUUUAUUUUUUUUUUAACUCUGUAUAUGGACAUUUCAAUGGCAGACUUGAUCAAAGAAUGUAAUAUGACAUAAGUGAUGGCCCCGUGGGGAACACCAGCAUUGUAGUUAAAGUGCACAUUUCUGAUAAUGUGUCCAGAUUGGAAUAAACAGGAUGUGGUGCUUCUCCUAUUUUCAUUGACACAUUGAGCCACACUUCUCUCAAAUUGCACAGUUAAGUGAUAAAGGUCAUUUCCUAUUGGAGGGGGAGCAAAAGGGGAUUGUCAAUUGAUACUCUCAAGUCUGGCCACGUUAAUGUCUUACUCUACAUGGAAAAGUAGAAGGGAAAAAAUGAUUGGGAAAGAAUGUGGACAAAAAAAGUAUAUCAAUGGGUGUUUGUUUCUACUAAAACCAAAAGAUUGUUAUGAGUACUUAAACCUCACUGUGAAAUAAUGAUAUAUUUUACAAAUUAAUCUCUCCACUACCCAGUGUUUUAUUGUGUUAUUAAAUCUUAUCUUUUAGUUAAUAAUUGCAGUAUUUCUUUUAAAUGUUUUGGUGUUGAACUUAGGGUUAGACUCUUAUUUGCUCAGUUGUUUUCAACUAUUUGGUAUACUUUCGUUCCCUGAUAUUUAUGAAGUACAUGUUUAUCACUAAAUAUAGUGCUUUGGUUUACAUGAAUAAUUGUGUGUGGUCUAGAAACGCAGUCCCUAGAGGGUGUCACAGUGGUUAUUCACUGUGGUUGUGUUUAUGAUGGCAUCUGGGUGCUGUGGAGGCCACCACAAUGGUGCUAAGGCCCUCAGUGAAACAUCUGUUAGGGCCUUAAACCCCUGAGGAUCUUCGUGACUCAGGAAUCUAUCUCAGCCCAGGGGUCCUUCAACCCCAGUCCACUCCUUCUCUCCGUGGCCUUGACUGGGCCAGUCCUGCCCUUGCCCCAACAGCCGAGUAGGAACCCAGGGAUCUAAAUGAGCUGAUUUUUGGUUAUGUUCAGAUGAGUAAAGUCCAGACCACUUAAAAUACAGCUGCUUUUCUGGCAGUCUUAUCUGUGGGGCCAAAACUUAAUAAGCCACAGGAAAUAGACUGUCAUUCUCAGUUUGCUGCCAGGCCCUGCUCUAGAUUCAGAGCAUCUUGGUAUGUGGGAGAGGUGUAGUCGUUUGCUCUUAUUUUCAACCUUUGAGCUGCCUUUCACCUUUCUUGCCCCCUAGCUUUAUGCACUCAGAUCCCAUCCAUUUGCUGUUGUUCUUGCAUAGCAGCUUAAUAGUGAGUCCCACUGAAAGUCUGAAAAAAGACCUUGGUUUUUCCUACCCUUUCAAGUGCAGAACAUCACUGAAAAUGCUUAAUUCCUGGAUCUAUGUAAAAACCAUUUCACUGGAAAGUGAGAAAUGAAUAAAUGUUAUACAUUGUUAUGUUCAGUCACGUCAAUAAACCCACUUACUAAUGGAGAUGUCUUAUUGUUGCAGUUUCCAAAUAUUUUAUAUAGUUUGAUUACCAUGGCCUGCACUUUUCUACAGUUUUUCAUUAAUGAAAACAAAACAUAAGCUUUCUGUCCUCUUUCAAUGUUUUUUGAUUUCUAUUCCCUCAGAAGAGCAGAGACCUAAUUUUAAAGACAUGGUUGUGUGACAUUAUGCCCAAAGAAACAAUGAGAUGGGUCUAAGAGUAGACAUCAGAAUGGUGUGAAAAUACAGUGACAGCAAGAUGACCAGGUCUCAGGCACCCGGUGUUUGAAGGAAGCUGAAUUAUUCUGGUGAUGCUUAUGGUCAAUAAGGAGUUAUUGAACUGGAGAUCAUUUUGCCUUUACAAAGUUUAUGAAAAGAUAAAAUUCCCAAAGAAAAAAAUAAAAUGAAUUAGGAGUGUUCAAUUAACGAGCCCUUGAGGCCGUCUGGAUGUGGCCACACCCUUAGGGUGGCCAAUAGAUGGUUGCUUUCAUACGGCAGAUAAUUCUGCAAUGCUGCCGGAUAAUAAUUUGCAUAUGAUCAGAACAUCUUCACUCUGGUCAUGCACUGGUCUUCACCAGAAGUGCAGCAACAUGGGCAGCUGCUAAUUAUUAGGAAAUGAUCAAAUAGACACUGGCCUACCUGAUGUUUGUAGAAAACCACUCCCACUCUGCUCCUAGCACAUGAAUGUAAGUGACACUGAAGCUUCCUAAUGCCAAAAAUACACCAUUCAAAGUUGCAGCUGUGAACCAGAACCCAAACAGAAUCCUAGUCAGUCUUAUACCUUCACCAUAGAAUUACAGCAUCCCUGAAGUUCAGAAAGAUUUGAAGGAAGUGAUGAAAGAUUCCUACUUAUCUGAGACUGCACUCAGUCCUCAUUCUGUUUACCUUAUCUCUUUGUACCUCGGCUUCUGUAUUGUGAAAAUGGGGGUCCUGGAUCCUGCCUAUUUUGGGGAGUAAGGAAUGUUUGACAGCACCAGUUACAUGACAGGUGUUCAAUAAAUAUUAGAUGUAUUAUUAGUAACAGUAUUCUGGGCACAGGGCAGAAAGUUGUGUGAUACACUUUUAGUAAUUUCAUGGACAAGGCAUUUCUGUUUAAACCCUAACUAAGCAGAGAAUUCAGAUAAUGAGAUCACAGCAAACCGCCCCCCCCCCCCCCCCUUGUUCUGGUUAGUUGAGACUUUAAUUUAGUGUGGAAGGAGAAUUCAUGAAUUUCUUUUUUUAUAAGGUGACUAUAUUGUUAUUUGAACAAACAUUUCUGUUUAUUCAACUCUUGGUGUAAGUUUAUUCAACUCUUGGUUAAUUCAUCCUUGAACUAAGGAUUUGUAAAUGGUCUUGUUUCUAGGGUGUCCCUACUUCCCAUUAACUUUGAUGGUAUCUCCAAGUGUCCUUUUACUUAGUUCACUUAAAAGGAUUCUUUGCAUGCACAGAUGCUUUUUCUGCUAGAGAUUUUGGGUCACUUCAUCCUUCUUAAUCAUGUCGCAAAUAGUAGUCUUUUUAUUUUGUGUGGGAGAUAGGUAUUUGGAGAUAAUCCUUAGCUAUAUUCAUUACUGAAAUACUGGAAAAUGUAGCUUCCUGAUAUUUUAUCUUGGGGCAGAAUAUCCAAAUAUCCCAUUGCUUCUGUUUGAGAGAUUUUAAGCUACCAGUGUUGAUCCCUUAUUGACAUAGAAAAGUGGCUUUAUAAUUUGGCAGCAAAAUGAUAUCAAAUGCUAGAUAGAAAUAAACGGUCAUGCAGCAACAUUUUAAGCAACAGCCUCUGACAAUGAAAUCCCUAAUAACAUUUCCUUUAAACAUAUAAAAUGAAUGCUAGCUUUGCAUUAACAGGACAGCACCAUCAUAGUAAGUCUUACCCUGGCCUUGUAAAAGUUAUUCACCUAUCCAAGUUACGGUUUUUAAUUAAGUCAUACUUACACUACAGCUGAUUUACAUGUAACUUUGUUAUAACAUGUGGUAGCAUGCAGCAACAUACCUUUCAUGGUACCCAUGCUCUAUUCGCUUUCUUCCAAUUGUGGUGUUCAUCUAAAGAUUUUUAACUUUAGGGAACUAAAGUAAUUAUAAGUAAUAACAAACACCCGUAUUAGCACUGUUCAGCAGCAGUCAACAAGUGGUUUGUCUUCAGCUUUAGUUCUUAUUAACAAAACUCCCAAUAUCCUUCCCAUAUACUGUCUUCGUAGCCAACUACCACCAUGAGUUGAAUGUAUUUCCUUCUUAACAGUUGAUUCUUGUUAUUUGAAGUUAAUUAUGCUCUAUAAAGUUGCCAAGACCACUGUUUUAAGGAAUAUUGAAACAUUGCUCCUAUGGGAGAUACAGGGUUAGAUCCCUGACAUGUAUCACCUUUUUUUUGAUGUGUUUCUGUUUUAAAGCACCUUGUUUAAUAUAUAUAUAUAUAAAAUGUUAAUGAACUAACUAUAUAAUUGAACUCACAGUCAACAACACUAUGACACAUGCCUGAAUGAAGUUUAUCUAAAAUAUAUCUUCCCCCUAAGACAUGUCAUAGCCUUCCUGCACUUAAAAACACUAGCCAGUGCUUCAGUCCUAUGCUUUGGGGUCCUUUGAAAUAGCUAAAUCACUGAGAAAAAGCACAGAAACACAAAAAAUGUGGCACUAAAUAGACUAAAAGGACAUUUGUUAUGGACUGAAUGCUGAAAGAAGGGUAAUCGUUGCUUUGUUCAGCUUCCGCUGGGAAUAAGCAUGGACAACUCGAAGACUCCAGUGCUCUGCACAAGUCCGCAAAUGGCCUUCAGAGUAAUGCAGUGUGCUUUAGAUGUCAUUGAUUUUAAUGUUUUUAUCUUUCAAUUCCAUUGAUUUACGCUCUUACUAUCAUUCUCUACCUUCUCCUUAGUUUGGCUAUAACCCCUUCUUCUGUUUUUUUAAUGUAAAAACUUAGGUUAUUAAUUUGAGGCCUUCUCUAAUAUGAUCAUUUGAUGACAAAGGCUAUCAAUUUCCCCAUACAUUUUGAUAUACUGUAUUCCAGUUUUAAUCAAAUUAAAAAUAUUUUCUCAUUUCCAUUGUGAUUUUUUUCCUGAUUUGCCUGCCUGAAUUAUUUAGAAUUAUGUUGUUGAAUUUCCAAAUAUUUACAAAUUUUCCAGAAAGUGUUGUUGAUUUGUACUUUGACUUCUUUGUGGUCAGAGACUCCAAAGCUUUUAAACUGUUAUGGCUUCUUUCAUGGGCCAGAAUAUUUUCUGUAUUGGUCAUGUGCACAUAGACAUGUACACAUUAAAAGAAUGUGAACUCUGCUAUUUUCUUGGGGGGUGCCUUACGUCAAUAAGUAAGGCUGCUUGACAAUAAUGUUCAGCUCUUUUAUUUCCUUACAGAUAUUUGUUUCCUGCUUGUUCGGUUCACUGAGAGAGGGGUGUGGAUUUGUCUAUUUCUCUUUCAGUUAUCUCAAUUGCUGUAUGUAUUUUGAAGCUCUGUUUUGGAUUGUUAUCUUAUUUUCUAGGCAACCCUUUACUGUUAUGUACCUCUUUAUCUUUGAUCAAUGUAAAGCUACUUCACCAGUUUUCUCCUGGUGAAAUCCUCAUCUUAAAAAAAAAAGUCUGCUGUCUUUUGUUUUAUGUAAAUCUCAAUUUGCAUAUUAUAUCCUCCUGUACCUGAAGAGCUUCUUUUAACAUUUCUUAUAGUGAUGUUCUCUUUGCAAUGAACUGUCUUGACUUUUUACUCAUCAGACAAUGUUUUAUUUUGUAAGAUUUUUCUUGAGUAUUCUUCGCUGAUUUUUUUCUUUCUUUCAAUAAUUUAAAGAUGUUUCUUCAUUGUCUCCUAGCUGGCUCAACAUUUGACAAGG